AUGAAAGGGCAUAGCGCACAGCUAUGGAAGGAUCCAAAGGAAAGAUUACCACCCGGAAGUCAUCUACCAUGGUCAAUAUGGAAGACGCUAAAUAGGUUAAGAACCGAAACUGGAAGGACAGCGAGUAAUAUGGAAAAAUGGGGGAUAAAAGAGGAUGGAAAAUGCGAAUGUGGUGGGGAGCAGGAUGUAGACCAUUUGUUUGCAUGCCCACUACUACCGAUUGAGUGUAGCAAGGAAGAAUUUUUGACACAUGAAAUUUCAGAUAAGGCAAUACAAAUUGCUGCUUACUGGGAAGGGAAGGGAAUAUGA